GCGGAGGAUGGGCAUUACCUUGGAGAGGGACGAGUUCUUGAAGGUGUUACCAAAUUGGUGUUAUGGAAAAGACGAGUCCUGGGCGGCAUUGGUGGAUCUUUGGUGUGAUGAGGCUGGAGCCUGGGUGGCUAUGAGACUCAAAAACAAGGCUAACCGAGGGAAGGAGGGAGUACAUGCUCAGGGAAACCGAAACCACUAUCUCCACAAGGCAGUUAAUGAGGAGAAACUGAAGCGGCCGCUCUCACACAUGCAGGCGUGGGAGAUCGCCCAUACGCGGAAGGACCCCAAGCCUGGCGAGCCCAAGUACUACGGCAAGAAGACCGCGCAUAGGAAGAAGGCCUACUCCGAUGGGUAUCUGACGUUACAUCCUGACACACCUGACCCCAUUGCGGCGGAUCUGGAUGAAAGGGUGGUGGUGGGCAUGGGGCCGAAGGAGCAUGGUCGGGAGGCGGUUCUCGAUGCUGUGAUCACUCCUACUAUCUCCUACACACAGCUCCGUCGGAUCGACCCGACCCUGAGCCAGCGCACGAGCACGCCCAUGAGCAGUGCACCGUCACUGUCCCUCUUUCAGGAGCAGCAAACUAUGAGCCUGGGCUCAGAAUUGGAUUAG